UGUGUGUGUGUGUGUGUGUGUGUUCUACAGGAGAACAGUCUGAACGCGGAGGCUGUGGAGCAGACGUACAGGAGGAACCCCAUCCUGAGAUACACUCAGCACCCCCUCCACUCCCCCCUCCUGCCCCUCCCCUACGGAGAGGUCAACGUCACACUCCAAAAGGAGAAGGGUUACUCCAGCCUUCAGGAUGAGGCAGUGAAGGUCUUUAACUCGCUGCAGGAGAUGGAGGCUGUGUCCGACCCCACUCCCAUCAUCCAGGGCAUCCUGCAGACCUGCCACGACCUUCGACCCCUGCGCGACGAGGUCUACUGCCAGCUCAUCAAGCAGACCAAUCACGUGCCACACCCAAACACUCCGGCCAAUCGCUCCCACUGGCACCUGCUCACCGGCAUGUGCUGCACCUUCCUGCCCAGCCGCGGAAUCCUGCGCUACCUUAAGUUCCACCUCAAGAGGAUAAGGGAGCUGUUCCCGGGCUCUGAGAUUGAGCAGUUUGCUGUGUUCAUUGGGGAUUCCCUGAAGAAGACAAAAACGCGCGAAUACGUCCCAUCUCAGGAGGAGAUCGCCGCCCUGUUGGUCAGGCAGGAGAUGACCACCACAGUCUACUGCCAUGGAGGAGGCUCCUGCAAGAUCUCCAUCAACUCACACACUACUGCUGGAGAGGUGGUGGAGAAGCUGAUAAGAGGGCUGGCUAUGGAGGACAGCAGGAACAUGUUUGCCCUGUUUGAGCACAGUAACACCAUGGACCGGGCCGUGGAGAGCAGAGUCAUCGUGGCUGACGUGCUGGCCAAAUUUGAGAGGCUUGCGGGCGGGGAGGAGGGUGAGGAGGACAGCCAAUGGCGUCUCUACUUCAAGCUCUACUGCUUCCUGGAUGUGGAGAGCAUGCCCAAGGAGGGGGUGGAGUUUGUGUUCAUGUUCGAGCAGGCCCAUGAGAGUGUGAUCAGCGGUCACUUCCCCGCCCCCGAGGACACGCUGCAGCAGCUGGCCGCCAUGCGGCUGCAGUACCUGCACGGGGACCUCUGCCGCGCGACAUGGAGUCUGGAGAACGUCUACCCAGUGGGGCGCCUGCGCACGCGCAUACUGCAAUUCACAAAGGUGGGCACCUCCACCACCACCUCCUCCUCCUCAUCCUCCUCUUCCUCGGCGGGAGGCACGGGCUCCCCGGGGGGGCAGACUCUGGAGCGCCGGCGCACCAGCUUCCUGGACGGGACGCUGCGGCGCUCCCUGAAGACGGGCUCCCUGCGGAAGCAGCGGGUGGAGGAGGAGCAGAUGAUGGAGAUGUGGCUGCGGGAGGAGACGUCGUCCACGCGCGCCUCCGUCCUGGAGAAGUGGGGCCGCCUGCAGGGCCAGCAGCAGCACCAGGCCAUGGUCAACUACAUGACCGUCAUCAAGGAGUGGCCCGGGUACGGCUCGACGCUCUUCGACGUGGAGUGUAAGGAGGGUGGCUUCCCCCAUGACCUGUGGUUGGGCGUGAGCGCUGAGAACGUGUCUGUGUAUAAGCGCGGCGAGCCCAAGCCUCUGGAGACCUUCCCCUACGAGCACAUCAUCUUCUUCGGGGCGCCGCAGUCCUGCAGCUACAAGAUCACCGUCGACGGGCGCGAGAUGUUCUUCGACACGCCUCAGGCCGGCGAGAUCACCAAGAUCAUAAAGGCCUACAUCAACAUGAUCGUCAAGAAGCGCUGCAGCGUGCGCUCCGUCUCCAGCUACGGCAGCAACUGGAUCAGGUGAUGGGGACUGGCCAAUCAGCUCACCGCUUUCUCCGUGGUCCUCGUUGACGGACCUCCCCUCCCAGAGCCACGAAGCUUUGGGAUUGGUUGAUGUAAGCAGCUGACGAAGCGAUGAACCAAUGAGAGGAGGACCUGUGUUGAUUGACGACUGAGAGGUCCACUGGGAUGCUUUCUAGGUGGACUUCCACUUCUUGCGUAACCUAUGCUGUAUUUAAAUCCUAACUACUGUAACCGCUAAGUGUUUAUUAAUGGACUGACAUUUUUGAAACAGCUCUUCCUUGCGCCAAACAACCUCUUUCAUCAGAGAUCUUGACUUAGCUCCUGGUUUUUUAUGGAGACUUCUACAUCCACUGGUCUAAGCAUGCACCUAAUGAUCAGACAGAAUAAGACUAUAACAGCCAAUAAUAGUACAGAUAAAUACGUCUUGUUGCUAUGGCUCCCUGUGUCAUCCCACAUAACGUCUUCACAUUCAUGUGUUAUCCUCCAUUGUGUUCUCAAAUGAAACACCCCCCCGCAGAUGUCAUGCUGUUUGACUUUAGCCUUCAUGUCUGGUCACCACUGAACAGCGAACAGAGUCAAUGCGCUCUGUGCCAGGAUCCCUCAGGUCGAGCUCUGAGAGCAGUCACCAUGGUUACCAUGAUCUCACCAUGAUCUCACUCUCACCAUGAUCUCACCGUGAUGUCACCGUGAUGUCACCGUGAUGUCACCGUGAUGUCACCGUGAUGUCACCGUGAUGUCACCGUGAUCUCACCAUGAUCUCACCAUGAUCUCACGCUCUCUUGCUCCGCAUCCUCAUGCCUUAAGCCAUCUUAACGCUUCACGCUGUACCUUUUAGAACAUGCACUCUUCUUCUAGCCAGAAAAGGCCACCAUCAUCCCCUGCCCCCUCACAUAUGCUCCCAGAGAAGGCGUGUGCCCAAAGAGUCACGUGGCGAUGUCCACAAAGAUGUCCUUUUCUCCGCUCCUAAGCAUUUUUGAAAGAGUGGUCCCACAGAGCCUUGUGUUCUACAGCGAUUUCAUUGGAUUAUUACUCAGAUGGACCAUGAUUGACAGUCUGAGGGGCUAAUGAUGGCAAGAAAGAGUAAUGCUACAGCCAAUGAACGGAUGGGCCCAAGAAGGCGGGCUCAAGAGACACAUUACACACAUACGAUGACACACACACACGCACGCACACACACACGCACACACACGCGCACGC